UUCUCCGCAUUUCCUCCCUCCCUCCCUCCCUCCCUCGCGCUCGCCUCUGCUUCGCCUCCCUUCUGCUUCUUCUUCCUUCGCUUCUCCAUCCUCUUCCCGUCUUCCGGCAAAAAGCUUCGACUUCGACCCGCCCCACACCAGAUUGCGAGGCCGAGGAGGCAGCAGAGAUGGCGGCUCACGUCCUGUCCAGGCGCCUCUCCUCCGGCGGAGGAUCGGGGCCGCCGCCGCAGCUCGCGGGUGCUCUGCGCUACGCGGCUUGCUGGAGAUCGUACUCGACGGCCUUCCGGGAGGAAAGGGACACCUUUGGACCCAUCCUCGUCCCCUCGGACAAGUUGUGGGGAGCGCAGACGCAAAGGUCGCUGCAGAAUUUCGACAUCGGAGGCGAGCGGGAGCGGAUGCCCGAGCCGAUCGUUCGAGCUUUCGGCGUGCUAAAGAAGUGUGCUGCCAAGGUUAACAUGGAAUACGGUCUCAAUCCUUCCAUAGGGAAAGCCAUAAUGCAAGCAGCUCAAGAAGUAGCUGAGGGAAAAUUGAAUGAUCAUUUUCCCCUUGUCAUAUGGCAGACUGGCAGUGGCACUCAGAGUAACAUGAAUGCCAAUGAGGUGAUUGCAAACAGAGCAGCUGAAAUUCUUGGCCAUAAGCGUGGAGACAAGUUUGUGCACCCAAAUGAUCAUGUGAACCGAUCUCAAUCUUCCAAUGACACUUUCCCAACUGUGAUGCAUAUUGCGGCUGCAAUGGAAAUAAAGUCAAGAUUAUUGCCAAGUCUUGGGAACUUGCACACGUCUCUUCAUUCAAAGUCCAUCGAAUUUAAGGAUAUUGUCAAAAUUGGACGAACUCACACUCAAGAUGCAACUCCUUUGACUCUGGGGCAAGAGUUUAGUGGCUAUUGUACCCAAGUUAAGUAUGGAAUUGACCGUGUCAACUGCACUCUACCUCGUAUGUACCAGGUUCGUAGGAGAUACAUAUGUUCUUGCUCUCGAUGUUCUUUGAAUGGGUAA